UCCGUGCAUAUCCAUCCAGUCCGGGUGGUCGUCUGGUCCCAGUCAAUCCUCUCGGGGUGCAGAAGGACGAAGCAAAAUGAUGCUUCAGCACCCAGGCCAGGUCUCUGCCUCCGAAGUCAGUGCCUCUGCCAUCGUCCCCUGCCUGUCCCCUCCCAGGACACUGGUGUUUGAGGACUUUGCUAACCUGACGCCGUUUGUCAAGGAAGAGCUGAGGUUUGCCAUCCAGAGCAAGCACCUGUGCCAUCGGAUGUCCGCCGCGCUGGAAUCGGUCACAGUGAGCGACAGACCCCUGGAGAUGUCGGUCAUGAAAGCGGAGGCAGUCCCUGAAGAAGAUGAAAGGAAAAAGAGGCGACGGGAAAGAAAUAAGAUUGCAGCCGCUAAGUGCCGAAACAAGAAGAAGGAGAAGACAGAGUGCCUGCAGAAGGAGUCAGAGAAGCUGGAGAGCGUGAAUGCCGAGCUGAAGGCGCAGAUAGAGGAGCUGAAGAACGAGAAGCAGCAUUUGAUCUACAUGCUCAACCUGCACCGGCCCACGUGCAUUGUCCGGGCUCAGAACGGGCGGACUCCCGAAGACGAGAGAAACCUGUUUAUCCAACAGAUAAAAGAAGGAACAUUGCAGAGCUAAGCAGCCGUGGUGUGGGGGCAACUGGGGAGGCCUCAGUGAAUCCUCCUUUUCCACCCAAAACCCUGAAACCAUUGGAAAGCUGACUUCCUGUGCACCUCUAGAAUCCCAGCAGCUGAGAACCAUGGGGGCAAGAGGGCCCGUGGCAUCUCUGCUGGGCCUCCCCACUCUGGACCAGGGCAAGUGCAUCCUUUGUCUCAACUCCAGGAUUUAGGUCUUAACAUACUGGCCGUUCUUUGCCGUCCAAAUGACCCCUGGUUAGGGUCCUGCCCAUCCGUCAGGAUUCACGCAGAGUGUCUGUACUUCGGGUGGGCGGGGUGGGGCCAUCUCCGCAGCAGCUGUCCAGUGUCACUCAGGGCACGCGGAGUGAGAGUGACAUGCACUGAAGUUGUGUGAUGGCCAGGGCUGUGCUUUCUAGCAGAUACGCUGCUGUGUUCCGGAAUCACUGUGCGCAAGGUACCCGUUACCAAACUAGGUGUCGUUGUGCUCUUUUGAUGUCUCUUUCUGUGAUUACCCUCAGGCUGGCGCCUGAGAGUAUGGGGUCUUGUCGCCAUGGGUGGUGUCUCACGCGAGUGUUCAAGUGGCCCGAAGAGCUUGGCAGCCCCAGAGAGCAGAACCGUCCUGUGGGCCGGUAGGGUGAGGCCUCCUUUCCUGUGGCACCCAGGCAUACGGAGCAGCCAGGGGCAGGGCUGCAGGUCCUGUUCAAACUCAGUUAUGGUGUCCUGGGAAGAAAACAAAGUCCAACCUGCAAGAGCUGAGAUCUCUCUGCUCAGUGACUUAGGUCAGGAGUUAUUCUUAGGCCAGAAGAGCCGAAGACUCUUGCGUUCCCUUUUCUGGUGGUCAGAAGCCGGUCGGUGGAGACACACGGUGGGAGCCAGUGAUGGCCGGGCCUUCACGUUACUGGACGCUCACGCGUUGUUCUUGUCAUGUAGCUGUUUGAAGAAACCUGGCCUGGAGCAUUUGCAGCUGUAAGUGUCACACGGGUCACAGGACUCUGGCUACUGUCUAUUCAGAUUCUGAUGUUUCUGUGAAAUCCUCAGAGUGUUCGAUCCUACUCAAUAGUAUCAUUACAAUUUUCUGUAAGAGAAAAUAUUACUUAUUUAUCCCAGUAUUCCUGUUGGUGUAAUAAAUAUUGGAACCAAGACGUGGUAAAUGUAAAUGUUGUGCUGGCUUCUGUUUUUCCAUAUCAGUGGGUUGUUGAAAACUAGGCACUCCCCACCUGUCCCCGCUCCAUGACUGUGCUGAUUUACUUGAAUGUCUCAGGGUAUUAGCCUUUGUUUCUUGGGGCACCACCAGGUGGGACGGUUGAUUUUCAGUUGUGUUCCUCAGACUAGGGCACCUGAAGCUCGAUUUCUCCUUGAUGCUCCAAGUACACCCUUUAGACCAGCUAUUCAGGACUAAGACAUAAAAUCCGAAUUGCUCUAUACUUUGACUGUCAGUUUCUCUGAAUGUACAAGUGCCUGCAACACCUGUUGUCCAACUCUAGCCUCUGACACCCCCCUUCUCGGCACUGUGCUCCUCUGAAGGAAUUACCUGCUUGGACUACAAGUUCCAGGACAUCCAAAGCAUGUCUCGGUGUUACAGAUGUAUUUCAGAUAUCACAAAAGAGUAAGGGGGACAGGCGAAGAGAGAACAGUUUGGGGAAAGACACAUGUGGUAGUUUCAAGAAAGGUAUUCUACUUAAUUUUCAAGACUUCCCACACCAAAAAAAUGAGCCCUCAGGUCUGGAAUAGAAGCAGGCUCCCUUGCUCUCUGCUUGGACACAAACCUCACACUCCUGGGCCAGAGAUGAAAGUUGACCGUGCUGCUACUAUCUCUAUGAUAUUCUGCAAACACUGACUUCCUUCAUCAGCCUGAGCGCUGUGCCUGCUUCUUUGGACUCAUGGAUAGUUCCCUUAUAUGACCCGCUAUGAUGCAGGCUUAUGAAUUGUGCUGUCUGAAGUGCACAUCGGGGUCUGUUCCGGCUCUGUAAAGAUUCACCUGAGUCAACUUGAUCGGUUUGGGAGCCACCCUCGGGAUUAGUAAAGCAC